CACAGAACAACAUCAUGGCUUUUAAAGUACUUGUCUUUGCUGCUCUUAUCGCUUAUGUCAAUGCAGGAGUAUUUGGCGAAGCUCCACUUGCUGCCCCAUUAGUCUCUGGAUACUCUGCGGCACCCGUACUUGCUGCUCCAGCAGCAGUUUCAAAAUCUUAUAUCCAAACUUACACUAGCCACUCUGCACCAGUUUUCGCCAAAUCAGUGGCCCCAGUAGUGUCUGCGUAUUCUGCACCUCUUGCGCUACCAGCAGCGGCUCCAGUCAUUUCUUCCUAUUCUGCACCGGUUGUAGCUAAAUCAGUAGGACCAGUCGCAUACUCAGCUCAUGCUCCAGUUGUAUCAGCUUACUCAUCUCCAUUGGUAGCUCAAAGCGUAUCUCCUCUAGCUUACGCUGCUCCUGCUCCAGUACUAUCAGCGUAUUCUUCUCCAGUUGUUGCCAAAAGUGUUGCACCUCUAAGUUACGCUGCCCCAGCUCCAAUUGUAUCUGCAUAUUCAGCACCAGUAGUUGCCAAGAGCUUUGCACCAGCUCCUCUUGCUUAUGCUGCACAUGGAUCACCAUUAGUAUCUGCUUAUUCCUCUGGACCACUUGUUCAACCAUGGUAA